AUGUCGUCCAGUAAUUCAAAAACCUCAAGCAAUCUUGGAUGCCCUAUCCCAUCUCUAAGCAGCUCAAACACAAAUAAAACCCAAGACACCCCAAUAUCAAGUAAAUUACAAAAGAAAAAGGCUACUGAACUUGACUUUAAGGCAAAAUUCAAAACUGAAAUGUGUAAAAAUUGGGAAAAUGGGUGCUGUGAAUUCGGUGAUCAAUGUGCAUUUGCCCAUGGAGAAGCUGAACUCAGAAGCAGGUCUGGGGCAAUAAAAAAAUACAAAACAAAAAAGUGCAAACAAUUUUAUGAGCAAGGGUAUUGCAUUUAUGGAGGAAGGUGCCAGUUUCAGCAUAGAGAAGCUUCGCCUGAAACGGCUGAAAAUUCACCAGACCCAUGCAAAGGGUCAGAUUUAAAAAAAUUAUGCGAAACUCAUAAGCGAAGACUUCCGAUAUUUAUCGAUUUGGAAACCCGAGAAAUUUAG